AUGAAGGCACUGUCCAUUCUUCUGCUGAUAUUCAUGAUUUUGGCCAGUCUUCGUGCACUAUUCUGUGAUACAGAUCCCCAAGAUGUGGCUGCACUUCAGUCUCUAAUUAAAGGGUGGCAGAACUUCCCAUCAAGUUGGGAAGCAUCAAAUGAUCCAUGUGGUGCACAAUGGGAUGGCAUUAUGUGCAACAAUGGGCGAGUCAUAUCAAUGAGGCUAUCAAGCAUCAAUCUUCAAGGCACAUUAAGCAACAGUAUAGGCCAGUUCAGCGAGCUUGCUUACUUGGACCUCUCCUCCAACAGUGGUCUUAGUGGCCCACUACCCACUUCGAUUGGCAACCUCAGGCAGCUCACAACACUAAUCUUGGCUGGGUGCAGCUUCACAGGAGGCAUCCCCGAAGAAUUAGGAAACUUGGUGCAGCUCUCAUUCUUGGCAAUGAAUUCAAACAGAUUUACAGGCAGAAUUCCUGCUUCAAUUGGCCUACUCAACAACCUCUUCUGGCUAGACUUGUCAGAAAAUCAACUUUCUGGUCCUGUUCCGAUUUCAUCAGCCACUUCUCCAGGACUUGACCUACUUACACACACCAAACAUUUUCAUUUCAGUGGAAACCAAUUAACCGGUAAUCUCAAUGGCCUCUUCAGCCCUAGCAUGAGACUCGAACAUAUAUUAUUUGACAACAACCAAUUGACUGGUCCUAUCCCUGCUGAACUUGGUAGCAUCACCACCCUCCAGAUUCUCCGAUUAGACAAUAAUAAAUUCACAGGAGCAGUUCCGACCAAUAUCAGUAACCUAGUUGACCUCAAUGUACUGAAUUUUGCAGGCAACCAGCUGCGUGGAACAAUGCCAGAUCUCAGUACCCUGACAAAACUUAAUGUGGUUGAUUUAAGCAACAAUUCAUUUGAUCCGUCUGCCAUACCAACCUGGAUGCUGACACUGAAAACACUAGCUUCAGUAGCAAUAGCUUCUGGAGGACUGUAUGGUCAGAUUCCCAACAGGAUCUUUACCUUACCCGGACUGCAGCAAGUUAUUCUAAGCAAUAAUGCCUUCAAUGGGACGCUUAACAUGACUGGCAACAUCACUCAACAACUGCAGCGAGUCAUUCUGUUAAAUAAUCGUAUAGUUGCGGCAAAAAUAACACAAAGCUACAACGGAAUACUAGUACUUGUGGGAAAUCCUGUGUGCUUGGAUCCUGAAUUCUCCAGUAGCCACUUUUGCAGUAUCCAGCAAGAUAGCAUAAUAUCAUACACUACUAGUGUAACCCAUUGUGGUUCAACUUCUUGUUCCAGCGAUCAAAGUCUAGACCCUGCAAAUUGUGGCUGUGCCUAUCCCUACAUGGGUAGGGUUUUCUUCAGGUCACCACUGUUUGCAGACUUGAGAAACAAUGAGCACUUUCAGCUAUUGGAAGCUAGCCUCUCAACAGAACUGGGACUGCAACCUGGUUCAGUUUUCCUUUCUGAUAUCCACUUCACCAGUGAUGAUUACCUCCAAGUUCAAGUCAGACUAUUUCCAUCGACCGGAACAUCCUUUAACUUGUCGGAAAUAACGAGGAUAGGCUUUGAUCUUAGCAAUCAAACUUACAAGCCACCACAAGGUUUUGGACCUUAUUACUUUGUUGCAGAUCCAUAUGUCCACUUUGCAGGAGCAGAUGACGGUGGAAAAUCGCAAGUAAGCACAGGUGCUGUCGCUGGAAUUGCAGUAGCAUGUGGUCUUAUUCUGAUUGCUGUAACUUCUGGGGCAAUAUUUGCUUUAUUACAGAAGAGAAGAAGUAGGGAACUAUCAGGACAAACAAAUCCUUUCGCUUCAUGGGGAAUCGCUAAAAAAGAUAGUGGAGGUGCUCCACAGCUGAAAGGAGCAAGGUUCUUUUCUUUUGAUGAACUGAAGAAUUGCACCAACAAUUUUGCAGAGAACAAUGAAAUAGGAUCAGGAGGUUAUGGAAAGGUUUACAAGGCAAUACUGGUAGGUGGAACAAAUGUGGCCAUAAAACGAGCAGAGUAUGGAUCAAAGCAAGGCGCAGUAGAGUUCAAAAAUGAGAUUGAGUUGCUAUCCAGAGUCCACCACAAGAACCUGGUAAGUCUGAUAGGAUUUUGCUAUGAACAAGGAGAGCAGAUGCUGGUCUAUGAAUACGUCUCAAAUGGGACAUUAAGACAUAACUUACAAGCUAGAGGAAUUUACCUGGAUUGGAAGAAGAGGCUCAGGAUUGCUCUAGGAUCAGCAAGAGGACUAGCAUAUCUUCAUGAGCUCGCCGAUCCACCUAUUAUACACAGAGAUGUCAAGUCCACAAAUAUUCUUUUGGAUGGAAACUUUAAACCAAAAGUUGCUGAUUUUGGUCUGUCAAAGUUAGUUGCAGACACUGAAAAAGGCCAUAUUUCCACUCAAGUAAAAGGAACAUUGGGCUAUUUGGACCCAGAGUACUACAUGACACAACAGCUCUCAGAGAAGAGCGACGUGUACAGCUUCGGUGUUGUCAUGCUAGAGAUACUGAGUGGCAGGCUACCUAUAUCAAAGGGAAGGUAUAUCGUCCGGGAAUUCAGGAUGGCCAUAAACCCCAAUGACCACAACUACUACGGCCUGCAAGGCAUCGUGGACCCAGCCAUCCACGAUGCCGCACAUACUGCAGGGUUCAGGAGGUUCGUGCAGCUGGCCAUGGAGUGUGUGGACGAAUCAGCCUCACGGCGGCCCACCAUGAACUCUGUGGUGAAGGAGAUCGAGGCGAUGCUGCACAGCGAGGGGCUGAGCUCAGGCAGCUCAUCCACAGUGGAGUUUGAGCACGUGGGGACCGCAUCCACCUCGCACCUGUACAGUGGACAGGUUGCCACGGCACGCUCGAACAGCAGCAGCAGCACAGCAGAAGAACCACCCCGCCCAGAGCUUAAACACAGCGAACCGUAGGGGGACUGGUCAGUUUGCUGCGUUUUCCUUUCCCUGGUCAUUCGGUUGUGUUGUAUCACACGCUAGUUUACCUGAUACUGUAUUGUGCAAAAUUUUCCCAAGGAUCGCGAUUCGCGAGCUGCUAUUACACAGAAAUUUCCACAACCAUAAUCA